AUCUAGGAGUUGGGGUCAUGAUGAUCAGACUUUACUUCCUUUAGGAGAACUCCUCCUUUAUCUCCACCUCCCGAAUCCUCCCAGCAUUCACUACACUUCUGAAGACCGACAGACAUCCAGAGAAGUCAAUCCUUCCCCGGUCUGUAUUUUGUUUCGCUUAAACUCGGACAAAGGCGUAAAGUCACUCCUGUGAUUGUAAUUGGGCGUUCCUUGAUGAUACUUUUCAGUCUUGUUUGAUGAUUUGCUUGUUCCGCUGUCCGUUGAUGUUGAGUAAGUUUAGGGGAUUGGUUGAGCCGGGGUGCUCUGUUCGAUGGUUCGUCUAAGUCUUGUUGGUAUUGGAACUCCCGAACAAUUUGUUGUGUUAGCGGCGCCCUGGGGGACUAGCAGGGCAUAGGUUAAGAAGUAGUCAUGGCUAUGACUGGACAAACAACAUGCUCAUCCAUGAGUAACCACACAAAGGAACGAGUAACGAUGGCCAAAGUGACUUUGGAAAACUUCUACAGCAAUCUGAUUGCCCAGCAUGAAGAACGUGAAAUGAGACAGAAACGAUUAGAGAAAGUAAUGGAGGAAGAAGGCCUCAGAGAUGAAGAGAAACGUUUUCGAAGAUCUGAACAUGCUCGUAAGGAAACAGAAUUUCUUCGGCUAAAGAGAACACGACUUGGCCUGGAUGACUUUGAAUCUCUGAAAGUUAUAGGCAGAGGAGCUUUUGGAGAGGUACGACUUGUUCAGAAGAAAGACACGGGUCAUGUAUAUGCAAUGAAAAUCCUGCGUAAAUUUGAUAUGCUGGAGAAGGAACAGGUUGGCCAUAUUCGCGCAGAGAGAGAUAUUCUGGUUGAAGCAGACAGCCAGUGGGUUGUGAAAAUGUUCUAUAGUUUCCAGGACAAGCUCAACCUUUAUCUCAUCAUGGAAUUCCUUCCAGGAGGUGAUAUGAUGACACUUUUGAUGAAAAAGGACACUUUAACAGAGGAAGAGACUCAGUUUUAUGUAGCAGAGACGGUUCUUGCUAUUGAUUCCAUACACCAGCUUGGAUUCAUCCACAGGGAUAUUAAGCCAGACAAUCUUCUCCUUGACAGUAAGUCUUCAAUAAAGCUAAGUAGCUGGGGACUCUGUCCCACAGGUUGCAGACAAAUGAAUGGAAAAGACUUUUUUGGUUUCUUUAACCAUCCUCUCCUUUGCUGUUUAGGUUUCCAGAACAUGAAUUCUAAAAGGAAAGCAGAAACCUGGAAAAGAAAUAGACGACAGCUAGCCUUCUCUACAGUGGGAACCCCAGAUUACAUUGCUCCUGAAGUCUUUGUGCAGACUGGAUACAACAAGCUGUGUGACUGGUGGUCUCUUGGGGUUAUCAUGUAUGAGAUGCUAAUUGGUUACCCUCCUUUCUGUUCUGAAACUCCGCAGGAAACGUACAAGAAAGUAAUGAACUGGAAGGAGACUCUGACAUUCCCUCCAGAAGUUCCUAUUUCAGAGAAGGCCAAGGACCUUAUUUUGAGAUUCUGCUGUGAAGGAGAACACAGGAUUGGGGCUAGUGGAGUGGAAGAAAUUAAAAGCAAUCCUUUCUUUGAAGGAGUAGAUUGGGAACACAUCAGAGAGAGACCUGCUGCAAUACCUAUAGAAAUUAAAAGCAUUGAUGACACUUCAAAUUUUGAUGAAUUUCCAGAGUCUGAUAUCCUAAAACCAACAGUGAGCAACCACACAGAGGUAACUGAUUACAAGAAUAAAGACUGGGUCUUUAUCAAUUAUACAUACAAGCGGUUUGAGGGGCUGACUGCAAGAGGAGCGCUGCCAUCCUACAUGAAAGUUGGAAAGUAACUGCAAGAUCAUUACCUUGGGACCACUCAUAGGUUUCACAGUAGAUUCUGUUGUACCAGCUGACCAAGUUCAACCUCAGAAUUAUGGCAACCCUACAACAUGCUGUUUACUGAAGCAUUUGACUGAGCACCCCCAGUCAAGGUUUCAGCAAAAGACUUUGCAAAUAUUACUACUUCAGCUGCAAAAAGGUGCUGGAAACCUUAACAAGUAUGUACUUCUGCACUGAUACACCUGCCUUUUGGUAAAUGUUUUUUUUAUUUUAAGAUACUGCAACCUUGUUUCCUGUAUACUGAACAAGAACGUGUCUAACUCAUACAAAGUGCUGCCGGAGAAAAAAAAGUACCAGCACCCAACAACAGAAAUCUACAGAGAUUAGACUGGUGGCUGUCUUAUUCCCUAGAAGAAGAUUAAUUGUGGACAGUUUCCUCCUAAAGGCUAAACAUGCUUCGGAUUUUAACUGUCAGGACUAAGUGAACUGAGACUGACUAUUUAAUACAUGUGUUGUGCACUGAGCACAAGUCCAACAUGAAGAGGGGUUGCAGAAAAUCUGUAAAUUAUUUUCCGUUAUUUAAAUGCAUCAAAAGUAGCUCAUUACAAACUGUUGAUUUUUAGAUGCUUGCCAUUCAGUGGUAUGCAGGAUUUUAGCAGUGUGAGCGUUGAUAGAAAAAUAGAUGAUUUUGCUGGUAGCAGAAAUGCAUCAAAAAAUCUCCCAAAGAGAGGUUCUUUGAAACCUUAAGGCUUGUAUAGCAGUAAAAAGAGAAGUCAUGUUAUUGCUUUUGAGGAGGGGUCAUGAGCAGUAAGAACAUUUCUAAACAACUUAAGUACAUUUUUGUGUACCCUGAUGUCUGCUAUUCUGCUCAUACAUUUGCAAGUAGUUGGCUGUGUUGGGUGAUAUUUUUGGCAGUCUGUGAGUUUAUCUGUGCCUUAGAAUCCCAUUUAGGCUAAAUGUGAACUAAAGAAAAAUGUAUUUACUGGGUAAAUCAUUCUUGUCAAUUUAAGUCUGGGAGUUCACUGUGCCUUCUCCAAGUACUUAGUUCUGGGUAAUGAUUUUGUGUGGAUGGGAGUGUAUGUAGUAAGGCUAGACAUGUUGCAGUAUGUGGUACGGCGUAUGCACAAAUGUACUUGUUUUUCAUAGUUUAUGGAGGUCUACACUACGGAAACACUGGCAAAGCUCAUGAGUAUACAGUGGUCAGCCAGCCUCUUCCCAAGACAAAAUUAAACUUGUGUUUGUGUAAGGGAUGAAGAAAAUGUCAUAUUUUUGUAAAACUCCUCAGCUGAAGACAUUUGUUUCUUUAAAAAACAGUGACUAGUAUGAAGCAAUAUUUGCCUUAAAUGGUACAGGAAUAGCCACAGACCCCCCCACCCCCAACCCCCGGAAACACAUUACUAGACAAAUCUACAUUGUGGUAGUGCAGUAUCAGAGUUUUGCUGUUGAUGUCUGUUAGAAAUCUGUAGCAUUUCUACACCUUAACUCAUUCCUAAUAUUUUUAAAGAGAAGCUAACACUGUCUUUUGUUCCAUAAAUGUUCUGUACUUUGACAUGCAGCUACUACACUGUAAUCUGAUAUUUUUUUUUAAAUAGUAAUGGUCUCAAAGCAUAUGAUCCAAUGUUACCGUUUCCAUCUUGAUUCAGCUUGUGGUUUAUCAGAACUGAGACUGUCCAAAUCUCCAAGACUUCAGCUGGCCAACCUCCACCUCCUCUACCCACAAUGCCUCACUCACCUAGAGAACCUUAAAAAUAGUUUGCAGCCUUUUCUGGACUGCAGCUACAGUUGUUGCUGCCCUGCAGUGUAUCCUUUUUGACUUGUUUAGAGUGUGCUUUUGCUCCCUCAUCCCCUACCUUUUGUUUUUGUAGUAGUUUGUGCAUUAUCAGUAGAGAAAUUGUUUUGUUGUGUAGGUUUGUUUGAGUGUGUAUAGGUUUUAAUACGGAUCUGAAUACGCCCAAGAAAUGUAAUGUGUGGUCAUAAGUUCCCUUCACAGGAUGCUCAUGGUAAAUGCAUGUAUGACCACGGGGCAGUCAAUUUGGAGUCCUCCCUUUGGUCAGUUCUACAUCUGCCAGCAAAGGUGAUAAGUCUGAUUGUAGUCAUUGGCACAGAUCCAAGGAUGCUAAGCAGUCCAUUCGUGCUUCUUCCUCUGGUCCACUUGAUCCGAAGGUCUCAAGGCCCUUGGAUUCCCCCUGCAGUUUCAGCUCUACCAUCUGCUUUGACUUCAGAGCAGGUCACCUUUGUGCUAAAUUUGGGGAAGGCCCCUUCUCCAGGUGUUGAAUAAGCCCCAGUUACUUUCUGUCUGUGGGGGCUGCUUCUGGGCAGACUUUUUGUCUACCUACCCUGCCAUAGUUUUUGUUCGAUUCCCCCCCCCUUCUCUGCCUUAGAUCUGGGCUUCCUCAGUUUGUAUCUAAUUAGCAGGGUCCCUUUCCCCAAGAUAAACCUCCAAAGCUCCUUUGCUGGCUUCAUUGGUUCAGGCAACCACGUCACUUAGCA